CCCUCUCCAUUGGCUGGCGGCGGCGCACGGGCAGAAACGGCGAAGACGCGGCGGGCCAGCGGCGGACGGCCAGCCCUGCAGCCUACGCCUUGCGAGGCAGCGCACGGCGUAGGGAGGCGGCGGCGCGGCGAGGCAGUGCGCCAGCCGGCCAGCGUCGGCAGGGGAAGCUCGCGACCGCGAGGGCGCGAGGCCGAGGCGGAGGGGCGUGGUGUUCGGCGGUAGGGGGAGGCCGGAGGGAGCGGUGGCGUGGCGGCGUGGGCACUCGCGGGAUAAGGAAAAGCAGGCGGCAGUCAGCGAGAUCGACGCAGCAGCCCGGCCGGCGCGCGGCGGUAGGCGGCGUCUGGCGGAAUCCACGCAGCAGGUCCAAGGUCGCGUGGCGGCUGGAGCUCGGCGGGAUGAACGCAGAGAGCGGAGCCGUGGAGGUUUGACAAUUGAGAAGUAUAGAAGAUGUAUAAGAAAGGGGAGAAAAAGGCACAAUCACAAAGAGGAUUUGUUGAUAUUUCGUCAUGGAAGCAUUUUGACUCAAGGGCUAUUGGUAUUACUAGAGGGGAUAUACCUCGCCACACCUGGGCUGUCCUGCACAAGUUAAAACGAAAAGGGUUUGCAGCUUAUCUUGUCGGGGGAUGUGUGAGAGAUUUGCUACUGAAAAGGGUUCCUAAAGAUUUUGAUGUGAUUACUACUGCAAGCCUCCAGCAGAUUAAGAAAAUUGUUUUCCAACGAUGUAUAAUUAUCGGCAAACGCUUUCCAAUAUGCCAGGUUAAUAUGUAUGGCACAAAAAUUGAGGUUUCUAGCUUUAGCACAAAUACAAAUGAUGUGAAGGGAACUAAAGAUAUAAGUUGUUCCAACGAGUUAAAAUGUUGUGACAAGGGGGAUAUUCUUCUCUGGCAGAAUUCUAUGAAAAGAGACUUUACAAUAAAUGGCUUAUUCUUUAAUCCAUUUAACUCUAGGAUUUAUGAUUAUGUGAAUGGAGUAAGGGAUAUUAGAAAAAACAAGGUGUGUACAGUGAUUCCUGCCAGUGUUUCUUUCGAUGAAGACCCUGCUAGGAUUUUGCGUGGCUUGAGAAUUGCUGCCCGCCUUGGUUUCGAGUUCUCUAGUGAAACUUCUAGUGCAAUUCGAGAACUUUCGUCGUCCAUAAGACUAAUUGACAAGGCAAGGUUAAUGAUGGAAAUGAAUUAUUUGUUAUCUUAUGGGGCAGCAGAGUCUUCUCUUAGGUUACUCAGAAAAUAUGGACUUCUCAAUAUGUUGCUGCCUUUCCAGGCAGCAUAUUUCUCAGAUCAGAUGAAGGAUAAAUCAAAUGACAGAGAUUUGAUGCUCAUGAAACUACUGGCUAAUCUUGAUAAAUUACUCUCUGCUGAUCGGCCAUGCUCCUGCUGUUUGUGGGCAGCACUGUUGACAUUUCACAGUGCAUUGGUAAAUUCUCCACAAGAUGCCCAGGUAAUCAGGGCUUUUGGUGCACUGAUGUAUUUUGGAUCAUGGGGGAGCACAGUCAACUUCUUGAAUCAAGAUAUUGGAGCACCAACUCCCUUCAUUCCUGAAACACUGGGGCCUUCUCAGAGCAAACUGGACAAUCUCAUGGAACAAACAUCACAUCUAGCAUCGCUAGUCAAGUUGUCAGUUGAUAUAUUGACAUCUUUAGAUGCUCUCGAACAGUCGCUGGACAAAUACUCAGAGGCUUCACAAUUUUCAGGAUUGGUGCUUGUAUCCCGCAGGGAGAGGGAGAGAGUGUUGGUAAUAUUUGAGGGCCUUGAUUCCGACUUAACUUCAUAUGAAAGAACAAGAGGUAUGCACGAAAUUGACUAUAGGUUACUGAAGAACGGAGACCCUGAUGAGGUUCGGUUUGUUCUUGGGAAAGUAAUCAUGGACACAAUGAGCGAGGUGUUACCAUGUGCAUCCACAGAGUACCAUCAGCUAAACAAGAAGGCGGGUACAGGUGAUCUUGCUGACGGAAGCAAUCCUUCAGUGUCACUGUCCACAUUAUUCUCCAGUAAAUCGUGAUGGCAAAACCGUUGUCACUCAACAAAAUUAGCCAGCAUGGCAGCAUCUCUUCCAUUCCGUCAAUGAGGCUCAGCGCAUCAAAGUGCUUGCGCGUGCAGGAUGCACAUCAUACAACUCUGGCAAGCUUUUACCUCAACCCACGUACGUGGAUGCUGGAGAAUAAUGUUCGUACCCAACUGCGCAAGUGCCUUGACGUUUCUUUUUGGUAGUAGAACAUAGAGCCUACUGCGUGGAUUGUAUCAGAGAAAGUGUAAGCUUAUAUUAUUCAUUUUUGAUCGUGAACUCGAACGAAUCUUUAACCGGUUUUGAGCUGUGUUAGACGACGAAACCGCGGUAACCGUUCGCUCCGUGGGGCACGGUAAGGGUAAGCCGCGGUGGCAUAUGAAUUUAGGACAAACUCAAAUUGAGGAAAUUUGAAACCAAAACUAUGUGGUUGAGAUGGAUUUGCAGUGAUGUUUAGUGAAAGAAAUAGAUGAAAAAAGAACAAAUGUAACCGCAAGAACAAAGUGAAAACAAAAAAAUAGCAAGAAAAUUAUCUAUUUGAAUUAUUUUAGGGUUAAGAUUAUACUUGUUAGGUAAUAGUUACCAUUUGAAUCAUGCGUAGGUAUACAUUUACUAGGAAGAUGUAUCUAAG